AUGCUCUUUCUCUUUGCAAAGGAGCCCGUCACCAUCAGCCUCACAGCAAUGUACCUGGUGUCCUUUGUGGUGGGUUUCGUGGGCAACAUCAUGUCCAUCAGGGUGCUCACCCGGAAGCGCCGGAGUAGGGUGUCCAGCUUGAGUGCCACCCGCAGCCUCCUCAUCAACCUGGCAGUGUGUGACCUCAUGGUGGUGUGUGUCUGCAUGCCCAUCACCGUGGGCAACCUCAUCUACAAAGCCUGGGUGUACGGGGACUUCCUCUGCCGGGCAGUGCCCUUCAUCCAAGCUGUUUCUGUCUCCGCCAGCGUCCUCAGCCUGACCGUCAUCAGCGUAAACCGAUACUACAGUGUGCACAACCCACUCAACGCCCGGUCUUUCUUCACCCAGAAGAGGAUCCUCAGCACCAUCCUGGUGGUGUGGUUGCUGUCCUCAGGGAUAUGCAUGCCCCUCAUCUUCAUGAACAAACGGGAUGAGAUUGGGGUGGUUGAGGGCUUGCCUCUGGUGUUUUCCAUCUGCAGGGAGAUUUGGCCUCAGGAGAGGCUCAAGCAAGCCUACAACUUUCUGCUUUUCUGUGCUCUCUACUGCCUGCCAGUCCUGUUCAACAUGGUCAUCUGCUUCCUCACGGUGCGUCGGCUGUGGAGCCGCAGCAGCCAGCUGAAGGAGAGCACUGCCCUGAACAGAUCUCUGCCAGCCUCCAGGCUGAAGAUCCGCAAGAAGGUGGCGCAGAUGGUGGUAGCCCUGGUCCUGCUGUUCGCAAUCUCCUGGCUGCCCGUCUACCUUAUGGACAUCUGGAUUGAUUUCAACAUCCCCAAAUCUCUGCAGGAUGUGACUCCUUCCCCUUGGAUCCUGCAGCUCAGACCUUUUGCCCAGUGGCUUGGCCUCACCAAUUCCAGUCUCAACCCUAUAUGCUAUUGCUUUGUUGGGAACCUCUACAGGUCAGCCAAGGAAAUGAAGAGUAAAUACCACCAAAGAAUGGUCUCCCUCUUUAACUUCUCACUGUCCGAAGGGACAACCCGUUCCUCGGUCCCAGAGCUGCUCUCUUACCGGAGUUCAACAGAGCCUUCAAGGAAAGGACCCUCUGCCACCCCUGCCAUGAGCAGGAGAUAUCGGGGAGGUCAUGGCAGUGAGAACAAGUGUGGACAGUUGAACUCCUGCCAGCAUCCACCUCUGAACACUGUCUCCAGUGAGAACACUUCCUUGUAA